AUGUCUGCCCAAGCCAAUAUCAUCGCGCCAGCGGAAAAUUCACCCGAACCAACGGAGAUGGCAGGCUAUUAUUCCCCAUAUCGUACCGGCCAUGCUAUGGGUGACUGGACGGAUCUCCAUAUGAAUGUCCGUCCCGAGUCUGGCGACUCUGUAAGAAUGGACGCAUUUGCAGCCCUUCAGUUGAUUACCAAGGUAGCCUAUACCGUCCAGAUGUUCGAUGAACUCCAGCCAUACCUAGUGUUCCAGGAUCGAACCGCAGCCAAAUACCACGACUCUUUUGAUACAAUGUGUGAGUAUCUCCUUCUUUGCCAUUUACGAAAGGUCUACGAGGCAACGCCGAAAGUAGCGUCAAUACAAGUGUUGCAUAGCAAAAUACUUGCAUACUCGAUGGUACUACGGGAUACGUACGAGUCUUUGGUAAAAACCAGGAACCCGGACUCACAAGAGACGAAGCCAAAACUGCAGCAAUUGCAUAAAAUACUUGAAGUGAUCCUGGAGCCCAGCUUUCUCCGAACAAUAUGUUCCGAACAAGAAGCAGCUUUUCUUCGCAACUGCAGCCACUUUACCUCUGGUUACCUGCCUCAUGAGGAUAUCGAACAAAACGUGUGUAACCUGGUAGUCGCUCUUCACGAUGAUGGUGAAGCUGGACUAAGACGUGAGCCGAACAAAAUCCUCGGCCUUUUGCCCGAGUUACCAGAUGGGCUGUUACCUCAUAUCCGGAUGUCCCGUCCCAGAUACAAUGACAAAUUUUGGGAUUUUAGGGAAAGUUAUGUGUACCGGCCUCCAAUUGGCGUUCUUCGAUCUCAUAUUUUGAACAGCUUGAAACUCAGCCCCAAGCGAGGCGGUCGGUAUCAUCGCAUUCGGAAACCCAGUAUGAAGAGCGGUGCGCUUCGAUGGAUACUGGCAACUGACAACGACGGAAGCACUGAACCGGAGGAUGGACGUAGGAUCUUCAUAAACUGGCUUCAAGCUAUUCCGGAGAACAGCACAGAAAACGCCACGGCCCAGAAAAAUCUUUUCUGGAUUUCUGGUCAUCCUGGUGUUGGUAAAAGCGUUUUGAUGAGGCUGAUCGUUGAUACGGUUCUUCGCAACCGUUCUAUUCUCAAGCCCAUCGGAAAUACAGAAGAUCGGGACCCAAUUGUACUCUUCUACUUCUACCAAGACCGACAAGAUCCGUUCUACAACACUCAUCGGUACAUGCUCAACGAUCUGCUUCUCCAACUCUUCGAGCAAGAGCCAUUGGUGCUUGAUAGUAUCUUCAUGCAAAGGUGGUACAAACUACUGGGCAUGAGCGAUGUGGAUGUUCCUCUACCCAGCUACAUCCCUCGAGAGGCAUGGAAGGACAACUUCAUUCCCACGGAAAACUCGCAUUGGUCAACCAAGUGGUUGGAGGAAUACUUCAUUGCGGCGUUGACCGGGUUAGAUUCGUUCAGACCGGUUUACAUAUUCUUAGAUGGACCAUCAGGUUUCAGAACGCAGACCUGGGAGGAUAACAACGCGGACUAUUUCCACUUCACAAAGUUCAUUGAGAAAGUUCGCAACAUCCAACCUUGGCACAAAAUCAAAGACGGAGAACAAGCCGGGGGUAAUACAGCUGCCAUGUCCGUAACGAAUUCGAUCAAAAUCAUCGUAGCGAGCAGACCGGAAAAAGACUUCCACGACUUCCAGCUUCCUCGCAAAGUCAUCAAAUCUGGGUCAGUCAUGACAGUUGGAGUGGAAGCCCCGAUGCUUCGUGUCCAGGACAUCAACGGCAAUGACAUGAAAUUUAUCUGCCGCUACAGGUUCGGCAUGUUGGAGAAAGGUUACAGCACGAAGACCCCGAGAUGGCGUCAGAAGAGAAUGGAAGAGAUGGUGGAAGAAAUUGUGAGGGAAGCCAACGGGUGUUACCAAGUGUUACAAGACGCUUUGGAUCGUCAUUCCCAGACCAAGUUUGAUGAAGAUGGAGAAGAAGUGCCGUCUUGUUGGUCCUCCUGUUUUCCAUGCUAUGACAGCAAAAAGAAUUUGUGCUACGAUCAAGAACUGGAACUCGGAAAACUUCACGAACGCGAUGCCCUUCUGGUCCGGGACAGAACUGAUGCUGACGUCCAUCUACCGAGAUCAUUCAGGCUCUACAGCUCCAUGCUCUCUCAAAUCUGUUGGGUCAACCAACUCAACGACUCCCGCGACAUCUCAUACUAUCUCAACCUUAUCCUCGCCCACAACCACUCCUAUCGUUUCACCUCGGUCCGUUUGAAAAAUCGGCCCCUGUCCCUCCUUGAAGUUGUUCUGGCUGAGGGAAACAAACUGCCUCUCUACCCCUCAACAGAAACAGUUGACCGUCUCUGGCAAAAUUGCCAACUAACAGCCAACAAACUCAACAAGGACCUAUACCCCUUCGUCGUGCUGAAGGAUAUGGAACCUCAACACCAAGUCUUGCCUCCCAAAAGCUUAAAGUCAGGGAAUGGCAAGACCAAAUACGAGCAAAACGACUACGCCGACCUCAUCCCCUUCGCCAACCGCGCCAUUGUUCCCAUCCAUCCGCGUUUCAUAGAUUUCCUCGUCUCCAUGCCCGAAGGCAUCGAGCUCCUCAACCGAGACUGUGGUUGUAACAAUGACCAGUUCACCCCCAAUGAGGAUGGCAAGUUAGUCUGCCAAUGUACCUCCUCAGACCGCCUGCAAUGGCACGAAAAACGAAUCAAACGAUUACUCUGCGCUUCCCUCUUCGAACACCGCUUCUUGCUUCCUACCCUACAAGACAUAAGGCCAGUCUACAAAAAACACGUUCGACUGAUUGAGUCCUCAAAGGAACUUUGUCACUUGGCGGAUUUGGUAGAAGGGGAUGAUCCUAUCGUGCAUCUCCGUGUGGUUCCGCGUCCGGGUCCGGCCCCUUCCGCCUCUCUUCCACCUACACAAUCUACACCUUCUGCUUCCACCUCCUGGGACAUGGAAGGAAGCUGGGGUGGAUCUGGAAGGAAAAGAAGUUGGUUUCCUCGGGAAUGGGUGGAAGAAUUCUCGAUGAAGGAGCCGAAGGGGCUGUGGGGGAGGUUUUCGGAGAUGUUUACCUCUGGCAAAACGCAGACACCGAGUAUUGAACUGCAGAACCAGGAGGCGCGGAAGAUGGUAGCGGAUAAUUCCUAUAUGAAGAAGGAGAAAAUCACUGGGAACACUAAUUCUAGGAACACGGAGAUGGAAGGGCGGGGCGAUGAGGUGUUGAAUGUACCUGUAGAUAACCGUCCUCCUCCACCGCACUGCCUAUCAAGCCCGAGUGAAAGAAGGGGUAGUGAAUAGGGAGAGUGACGGAAGAAGGGAUAUAGCUGCCCCUGGUGAUGCUAUGCUGGAUGAUCAGAC